UUCAGAGAAGAUUCCCCAUUCGGCUAUUCCCUCGCUGCUUUUUGAGUAUCUUUUUGUUUUCUUUUCCAUUUUUUUACCUGAAGACAAAAGAAACGGGAAUUGUUCAUUGAAAGUAACCCUUUGUAUUUGGUGCAACUACUCUAUCCUCCUCUUUGUCCUUUUAUUCCAUUUCUUCUUCAGUUUCAUAACUUAUUCAAUAUAUUGGAAUCAAAUUCACGUGUGAUUCUGAUCUGGUUUUUCAAUUUCUUGAUCUGGGUUUCAAAAAUCUUGCCUUAUUGCUCAUUUCUCAUCUCCACAUUCAUCUCUAUUGACAAAUUUCUCUUACUGGUAUCCAAGAACCCAUUUUUCUUGUUCUUUCUAGUGGUUUCCGCCAACCCUUUUUGUUUUUUCAAUAAAAGGGUCUAACAUUUUAUUCAUACAUUGGUUAAUAGAAGGUGUCUCCAUUUGUUUCAAAAUAUUCCUUCUUUUUUUUGUAUUGAUGGUGUGAAAAAUGCCUAGGAAAAGGACAAAGACAUGAUUUUUGGUGUGAGCUGAAUGAGGAAUUUCAUUUAGUUUUGUGUAGAAUGAAUGAUUAAAUUGUUCUUGGCUGUAUCAUAUGAUGUAAUUUUUGAUGGUCUAAUUUGCAAAAAUGGUAGCUUAAUAACAUAUAGUAUUAGUUUUUACUCACUUAAAUAGAAUUGCAAUGGCAGAGAGAAAUGUACAUUCUAUGGGAUUUUUCGGAAGAAAAUCCUUAUUCAGUAUGUUUUCAAUUACUUCUAUUAUGUUCAUGUUAUCUUUGUUAUUUGUGUUGCGUUCAACUGGCCGGAGACACUUAUUUUACCUUAAUAUAAUACCAAAGUCCAAGAUUCUUGCUUUGUCCGAAGAAGGUUAUUCACAAUCCAGUGCUCAAAUUGAUGAGUAUUCUAAAAAAGGAACAUUGAAAAAGUACAAUUUGUUUAAGUGCAAUCCUAGUAAACAAGUGCUCAAAGUUUUUAUGUAUAACCUGCCCCCACAAUUUCAUUUUGAACUAUUGGGAUGGAAAGCUGAGGAGAAGAGUGUUUGGCCUGAUAUCAGGAACACGAUUCCUGAAUAUCCCGGUGGACUAAACUUGCAGCAUAGUAUUGAAUAUUGGUUGACUUUGGAUCUUUUGUCUUCUGAAUUUGCUGACAAUUUGGACGGUCGAAGUGCCAUAAGAGUGCAUAAUUCAAGUGAAGCUGAUGUGGUAUUUGUUCCUUUCUUUUCAUCGAUUAGCUAUAAUCGGUUUUCAAAGCUUAAGCCAGGGCAGAAAACUAGCACGAACGCGUUGUUACAGGAAAAGUUGGUUUCCUUUGUGACAGCUCAAGAGGAAUGGAAAAGAUCGGGAGGAAAAGAUCAUAUCAUUGUGGCACACCAUCCGAAUAGUCUUUUGGAUGCAAGAAUGAAGCUUUGGCCUGCAAUUUUUGUACUUUCAGACUUUGGAAGGUAUCCUCCCACAAUAGCUAAUGUUGAGAAGGACGUGAUUGCACCUUACAAGCAUGUCAUCAGGAACUAUGGCAAUGACACUUCUGGUUUUGAUAGGCGACCAACUUUGCUCUACUUCCAGGGAGCUAUCUACAGAAAAGAUGGUGGGACUAUUCGACAAGAGUUAUUCUAUAUGCUGAAAGAUGAGAAAGAUGUUCACUUCUCCUUUGGUAGUAUUCUGAAAAAUGGUGUAAAACAAGCAACUCAAGGCAUGCACUCUUCCAAAUUCUGUCUUAACAUCGCAGGUGACACGCCCUCAUCAAACCGUCUCUUUGAUGCUAUUGCAAGUCACUGUGUACCAGUCAUCAUUAGUGAUGAAAUCGAGCUUCCCUAUGAAGAUAUUCUUGACUAUUCAGAGUUCUGCAUAUUCGUCAGUACAUCAGAUGCUCUCAAAGAAAAUUUCCUCAUAAACUUCAUUAGGAACAUCACAAAAGAAGAGUGGACUGGAAUGUGGGCGAGGUUAAAAGAGAUCGAAAAUUUGUUUGAGUAUCGAUAUCCUUCCAAGGACAAUGAUGCAGUUCAAAUGAUCUGGCAAGCUAUCGCCCGUAAGGUUCCUGCUAUCAAUUUGAAGUUGCAUAAAUCGUGGAGGUAUUCUCGUGCCCCUGUAUCGAAAGAAAUAGGGCUGAAGUCAUUUCCCAUGCCAAAGAAUAUUUUGUAAGCAACUGAACAUUCAGUAAGAUUUUGAAAGCUCUGAAAUGACAUCUGAUAUGUUCCUGGGAAAUGCUGUCUGCAGCAAAAUUUUGCCCAAAUAUUUGUAACUUAACCAAUUGUUGCAAACAAUAUAUUUAUAGAAACAUAGGAAAAGAAAGUUGUAAUGUUUAGGUCUCUGCUUGCUGAACAGCUAAGAGAUUUUUGAUCAAUUUGUUCAUUCAUUUAUUUUUUAUAUGUUUAACUUCAUCUA